AUGUCAGUUUGGAACGACAUUCUUUGGCACUUCUGGCUUUCUGCUGGUCGAAACAGCGACAAAUACAAAAAUACAGGAACUUCUGUAGGUUGGGGAAGCGCGCCGCUAGCAGCCGAAACAAAAGUAAAAGGCUGGCGCCACAGAGGCGAAAGCAGCAAACACACAGGGACAGUGAUCAUGUUAGUCAUAGCAAGCCUAGAAGCCCGCGUGCAAACAGCAAAGGAGGGAAAGACAGUAGAACAUUUACUAGGAGCCGAAGCUGCCACAUUAAAUAGCGGGGCGACCAGCAACUUAUGCAUAAAGUACACGAAAUAUUACGCGGCAACCAGAGAGAUGUGGGGGUAA